AUGGCUUUACCUAACCAGCAAACCGUCAAUUACCCUAGCUUCAAGCUCGUCAUCGUUGGUGAUGGAGGCACAGGAAAGACCACAUUUGUGAAGAGACAUCUUACUGGAGAGUUUGAGAAGAAGUAUGAACCCACUAUUGGUGUUGAGGUUCACCCUUUAGAUUUCUUCACAAACUGUGGCAAGAUCCGGUUUUACUGUUGGGAUACUGCUGGACAAGAGAAAUUUGGUGGUCUAAGGGAUGGAUACUACAUCCAUGGACAGUGUGCAGUCAUCAUGUUUGAUGUCACAGCACGUCUGACGUACAAGAAUGUUCCGACAUGGCACCGUGAUCUUUGCAGGGUCUGUGAGAACAUCCCGAUUGUUCUUUGUGGGAAUAAAGUUGAUGUGAAGAACAGGCAAGUGAAGGCCAAGCAGGUAACAUUCCACAGGAAGAAGAAUCUCCAGUAUUACGAGAUAUCUGCUAAGAGCAACUACAACUUUGAGAAGCCAUUCUUGUACCUUGCUAGAAAACUCGCUGGGGACGCCAACCUUCACUUUGUGGAAUCACCUGCUCUUGCUCCCCCAGAAGUCCAGAUCGACAUGGCGGCUCAGCAACAGCAUGAAGCCGAGCUUGCAGCGGCAGCAAGUCAGCCACUCCCUGAUGACGAUGAUGACACCUUUGAGUAG